CAUCUAAGGCACAUGAUCUGAAGCGAACACCGCAAAAACUAUGCUCAAAACGACACGACAAGCCUGUCGAACUGCCACCUACAAAAAAGCGAAAAAAACCUCAAAAAGCCACAUUGAUCAUAGAUGAAAAAGGAGGAGAAUCGAAUACCGAAUCAAUGAUCAUUGAUGCACAAAAAGUUAUGAAGGUAACAUUAGGUGGAAAAAUCAAAGGAUAUGUUAAGGGUGCAUUGGAAGUUCUUGCCCCUGAUUUCAUGGAUCGAAUGGAAUUGGAUAAAGAAAUUAAUAAUUAUAGGGAUAAAAAUAUCAACGCUAGCAAAAAACAAACAACUGAUGAAGCGGAAUUAGAAAUGGUCACUAUCACUAAAGAUAACGAUAACUGUGAUAACCAUAGCAGCAAUAACAAUAGAAUAGUAACAAUACACGGUAAAGGAAAGGCAGUCACAAGAACAUGUUCAAUCGUCGAGAUCAUAAAACGAAUAAUGAAGUAUCAAGUACAUCAGUAUACUUUAAUUGGAUGUGAGGGCACUCAAGAUUCGUUGUCAUCAUCAUCAUCAAAUAAAGAGGCUGGAUAUCAAGCACCCAGAAUUAUUGAUACUAAUGAAGUGGUUAUACCACUUUGA